AUGAGUAAAUAGAGAAAAGAAGAUUUAGAGGGUGUCUUAAAGCAAAAGGAUAGAACAAUUGUAGAGUAAUCAAGAGUUGAAAAUGCAGUUCGUGAAUUGUAUGAAAAGAUUCUUUAGAAAGAGCUCUUAAAAAAAUAAAAUUUGUAAGAAAAGAAAAAUAAUGACCCAGAAGUUUAAAAUGAGCAAAAAAACAAUGAUGACUAUGUAGAUGUAGAUAGCGACGAAGAAGAUGAUGAAGAUAUUGAAUUUGGUGUUUUAAAUAAAGAGGCUCAUGGAAAUUAUUUGAGAAAGGCUUUAUUCGAUUUAAAAUUUAAUAUUAGAUACUAUGACGUAGGACAUCCAUGGGUUAUUUUCUGGAUUAUACAUUCUAUUUAUUUAUUAAAUGAUCCUUGUUUAACAAUCCAAGACUAAAAAAUAUUAUUUUAGCUCUUAGAUUUCUUAAAAAAAACUCAAGAUCCUUUAGGAGGUUUCUGUGGAGGUCAUUAUUAGUUUCCUCACAUUGCUUCUAGCUAUGCUGCAAUCUGUUCUUUAGUAGAGCUAGGAAGUGAAGAAUGUUUAUCUAUUGUUGAUAGAAAAGGAAUGUAUAAUUUUUUGUUGAGAUGCAGAAAUCCAGCUAUGAAAGGUAGUUUCCUUUUAUGUGAAGGAGGAGAGUCAGAUAUGAGAGGAGUUUAUAUUGCUGUGCUUAUAGCAGAUGUUCUGAACAUAAUGACACAAGAACUUAUUGAUGGAGUUGUAGAUUUUAUUUGCUCCAGUUAAACUUACGAAGGAGGUAUUGCUCCAGAGCCAUUUGGUGAAGCUCAUGGAGGUUUAUCUUAUUGUGGACUAGCUGCAUUAGCAAUACUAAAACAAGGACAUAGAAUAAAUUUAAAUAGAUUCACCUAUUGGCUUACAGAGAAAUAAAUGAAGACAGAAGGUGGUUUUUAGGGUAGAACUAAUAAACUUGUUGACAAUUGUUACUCUUUUUGGCAAGGUGCUACAUUUAGAAUAUUAAAUGAAAUUACUGGUGGAGCUGCUUCAUACAACAAUUAAUUGUUAUAUGAUCAAUAGAAACUACAAGCAUACAUUCUACUUUGCUAAGAAAAAGAUGGAGGGCUUUACGAUAAACCAGGGAAGUUCCCAGAUUUGUACCAUACUUGUUAUUCGUUAAGUGGUUUAAGCAGUGCCCAAAGAAGUGCUGAUAAUAAAGAAGAAGAGUACUUUAUGAACAAAAUGACAAGUUCAACUAAAUAAAUUAAUGUAGUUUACAAUUUACCUUAAGAUAAAUUAGAUUUUGCUAAAAGUUUUUAUGCAAAACUUCCUCCAAUCUAAUGA